AUGCCUCCUCCCGUUUCCACCGCCCACUUCCCGCGCCUGCCAAAUCGCCAAGCCUUCCCAGUCAAGCCUGACACCAUCAACACCUCAGCUUACGAGGUUUGCAGAAGCUUCAACGCAAACAGAAGUAGCCCAAAGAUUUUCGACAUGUUGUCAGAGGCAAUCUGUUGGAUUCUCUCUAACAACUACGCCAUCCCUUACCUCAUACAUCUACUAGACGAUUUCUUAAUCAUCUCGCCGCCCGAUUCCGUCCCGGCAGCACAUCUUUCCAAAGUCAAAGAAGUCUUAGCGAAACUCGGCGUCCCUCUCGCACAAGAAAAAACAGCGGGACCCAGCACGUCCAUCGAAUUUCUAGGCAUUAAGCUCGAUACGCUCAAAUUCCAAGCUUCUCUGCCAAAGGAAAAGAUCGAUAGGACGAUUUUGAUCGCUUCAUCCCUCAUAGACACGCCGUAUUGCUCUAAACGCGAGCUACUAUCAAUUCUCGGCCACUUAAAUUUCGCGAUGCACAUCAUCCCGCAAGGUCGCCCGUUCGUCGCGCAUCUCCUCUCCCUCGCAUCUUCCGCUCACGCACUAGAGGAUUCGAUCCAUAUAACCAGCUCUUGCAGCGACGAGCUCAGUCUAUGGAUCAAAUUCCUCAAACAAUGGAACGGAAUGUCCUUCUUUUACAAUGACAUGGUCUCUCUCCCCAUCGACAUACGCCUAUUUACCGACGCAGCUCCUUCCGUCGGUUUCGGGGGAUUUUACCAAGGCCGCUGGUUCGCGUCCACAUGGCCCCCCCAGCUCACAAGUCUACCGCAGCCUCUUGCGUCAUCAGCACUUUUUGAGCUGUACCCACUUGUCGUAGCAGCAUAUUUAUGGGGGAAAGAAUGGUCCGCCUCCAGCAUUAUAGUCCACUGUGACAACGAAGCAACGUUCAUUUCAGAAAUUCAGGCUGCUGGCGCCGGACGCGGAUCCCCUACCAACGCCUGUCCCUCCAUAUUCGGAAUUAAUCUUCAAGUGAACCACCCUCUAAAAGCCAUGCUAGACGCCUCCCUCAACUCCAUCAUUCAAGCCGUUUCCCCCAGGACCCUACUUUCUUACCUUACAGCAUGGAGGAAUUUCAAAACGUUUCACCGCUCAUACAACCUCCCCUUCCCGGAUUUCUCUCUCCUCUCCAUCACUUCAUUCAUCUCCUUUCUCAACACAACAAAAAAUCUCCAAGCCAGUUCAAUUAAAGGAUACCUGAGUGGAAUUCAGUUUUUUCACAAAUUAAUCUUCAACACACUCUCCCCAACCAUAGCCAGCCCCCAAGCAUCCAUGCUCAUCAAAGGCAUCCAGAGAGCCCAACCCACCCACCCGGACGCCAGACAACCAAUCACCAUAGAAAUUCUAACAAAAUGCAUUUCCACCCUUCGCAGAGGCUAUCACACCAAGCACACCGCACGCACACUCGACGCCAUGUUCAUUUUGGCCUUCUUCGGUUUCCUCAGAUGCUCAGAAAUCACCACCACGUCCAAAUUCGAUCCCUCAGUUCACCCCACCUUUUCGGAUCUAUCAGUGCUCGAUUCGGAAACCAUUUCAUUUUUUAUCAAGCGAAGCAAGACCGACCAGGCCGGGAGAGGCCAUUUCAUCUAUAUCUUCAAUCUCAAUUCCCCAAUCCAGCCUUAUCAAUCCCUCCUAGCCUACAUCCGCUUCAGACGAUCACAAGUUAAAUCUCCAUCCGAACCCCUCUUCGCAGAUGAUUUAAAUCACCCCGCCACACGUUUCUGGUUCCAAAAACAUCUUAAAUCCGUUUUGCUCCAUACCGGCAUCCCAGCAGAUCACUUCUCUUGCCAUUCUUUCCGCAUCGGCGCAGCAACCACGGCUGCCCAAAAGGGCCUCUCACAGCCCCAGAUACAAGCGCUCGGCCGAUGGUCAUCCAAAGCUUACAAAAGUUACAUCCGAACAGACCGCGCCCUCAUCAGAGAAGCACACCGGAACUCGAAUCGUCUAGCAUCAACCAUCUUCCAAACUUCUCCAUCAAACCACCAGCAGUAGUGACGCACCGUUCAACCCACAGGAGCCCGGCGCGCAUCUCGUACUCAGCUAAUUGGACCUCACCU